UAUGGCGAAUAUGGGCGGAGCUGAUUCUCGAAUUCCGAUUCAUCCUCUGUCUUCUUCGUCUCUCUGUCUCCUUCUACCUCUAGAAGACAAGCAUAAUCCGAAGAGAAAGCUUGAGGACUACUUGGAUCCAGCUCUUCUUCGUACGAUCUCGUCUAGGAUCGGUCUAAAGGAGACGAAGGAGAAGAAAAAGGAUGUCGUCGUGAGUUCGAUUCAGAAAACGGAAUUCGAUUGGCCUGUUGAUCGAUUGGAUCCUUUAAUCAACAAUCCGAAUCGAGACUCCGGGAGAGAGUACGGCGGAUUACGGUUCUAUUCUCCGAUCACCCCGUCGUUGAGCAAACGCCGUCGAAGCGAUUUCCCGAUGUAGAAGGUGAGCGGUAACAAACACGGCGGAGGAUAGCAAAGUUUGUUGCAGCGACAAACACGGUGCACGAUAGUAAAGUUCGUUGCAGCGAUAACAUGCGCCUAAAAUUGCUCUGGGAACUGAUA